AUGCGGUGCAAGGUAGAAUUUUUUUUUAAAGUUGCCUCUAUUGUAUUACUUACAGUAUUGGUAAGACUCAGUGAUAAUUUGAAAAUAGGUUCGAAACAAAAAUUUCUCUAUACCUUCCCAAAACUGGAAAUUCUGAACGACAAUCCCGAAGUCAUAAACUUUAAAGUGAAUUUAGUCCAGGACUCAACGGAAUUACAUAAAGUGUCGGGGUUUGUCAAUUUUUCAAAGUACGCAGAUAAGGAUUUAAAAAUUAGUUUCAAAAUUUUGAAGGCCAAUAAAUACAGUCUAAAUAGUGCAGAUUUUCGUCCUACACUAUUGGCCUUACCGGAGAGUAACACUCACGAAUUUAUGAAUAACCUAUAUAAACCCUACGUCAUGAAGUCUGUAUCAGCUUGCUCGAAUUUACCUCAGUUCACAGGAAAGUGGAGUGCUCAACGGAGCAUUGUUGGCAGUUAUAAAUUUAAUGACUGCGCCUUGAAUUCCAAGACCUUGCCAAAUGUCUUUUCAGAGGGCCUUUAUUGCACAAUUAUGCUUAUUAAGCGUUCAGAGGAACCAAAAUUAAAAGCUGAACUCAGAGUAUUUAUGCAAGUCACCAAAGCGUAGAAAGUUGAAUCUUUCAACAUAAGCGAGCAGAAAAUUAAUAAUUAAUAAGAAAAUAUAGUUUUUUCAAAUAUUCAAACUAUUUUAUUAUAUUAUGUAUUUUGGAAAUCAACAAUAAAACAGUAGAAGCUACAAAUA